AUGUACCCCAAGGCUCUUCUCGUCGCUCUCCUUUCUCUCGCCCUCUCCGCUUCCGCCGUCCCGGCGCACAGCAAGAGCGCAUCAAGCCAGGACGAAGCGUGCGCUGCGUCAGUUUCGGUUAAGACCGUUACCGUCACUGCGACCGCGGCUCCCGCCGCUUCAUCCGGUGUCCUUGUCGCCAACCCCAACGCUGGCAAGGGCAUUGGUGGCAAGACCGGCACCGGUGCUACCGGUGCCAAGACUGGCACCGCUGGUGGCAGGACGGGCGGCAAGGGCGGCAAGGGUGUUGGCAAGGGCAACACAGGCACCGGCGCCGGAACCGGAACCGCUGCGUCUAGCAGCGCCGCGGCAUCGAGCACGAGCACUGCUACGACUGGCGCAAGCAGCGGUGACAACGCUUCAUCUGGAGCGGCUGCCGGUAACGCCGGUGCUAGCGGUAACGCUGCCAGUGCCCAGACAUCGUUGACCAUCGACCCCAGCAACAUCUUCACUGCCUUCGCUUCGGACGGCAAUGCGAACGCCACCGCCGGCCAGGAGCCCUCGCUCACGUCGACGAACAACUUCAUCAACUUCUGCCUCCUCUUCCCCGACAAGCAGAAGACGAACGGCCAGCAGGUCCUCGACGGGUCCUGCAACCAGACCCCGAUGGGUGUCAUCGCCGCGCAGACGAAGAUGCCGUCGUCCAAGUUCCAGUCCCCCGCCAACGGCGACACCAUCGCCGCGAACACGGACUUCACUAUCACCAUGGCCAUCAACAACCUCGAGACGGGCCACUUCACCAACCCCACGACGACGUUCCACAUGGCGCCCCAACAGGUCAACGACCAGGGCCUCAUCAAGGGCCACUCGCACGUCGUCAUCGAGCAGAUAUCGUCGCUCGCUCAGACUACGCCCACGGACCCCACCAAGUUCGUCUUCUUCAAGGGUCUCAACGACGUCGCCGUCAACGGGGCCCUCACCGCCACCGUCCCUGGCGGUCUCCCCGCCGGCACCUACCGUAUCGCGUCCAUCAACUCGGCGGCGAACCAUCAGCCCGCACUUGUCGCCGUCGCCCAGCGCGGUGCUCUCGAUGACAUGAUCUACGUUACUGUGUCGGACAACGGCGCUGCUGCAUCAUCGGGCGCCGCAGCGACUGGCACUGGCGCGGCUGCUGCCUCUAGCAGCGCAGCGGCUGGCACAGCGGCGGCCUCUAGCAGCGCCGCCGCGGCGUCUGGCACGGCUGCUGCCACCGGCAAGGGUGCCGCGACUGGUAAGGGUGCCGCAACUGGCAAGGGCGCCGCUGCUGGUAACAACGCUACCGGUGCGAAGGCUGCCCCUGGUGCGGCCAAGGGUGCGGCGGGUGCAAGGACUGGCGCCAAGGGCCAGGGCAAGAACCGCCGCCAGUUCUAA